UUUGCCAACGCAAUACACUAUAUGCUGCAUGUACGGGAAGCCUCGUAUUGCUAGCUCGUGUGACUCAUCACAUCGUUGUGAUCUUGAACCAACCGGCGCAUGCAUGUACGUCCGAAACGCACCAAGUCCUGGCUGCCAUCAUCGAAGCGGAAACAAUCCAAGGAGCGGCGUUGACCGUCCACGGGUUCGAGUACGAAUACGCAGGGCCAGAUCAAGAUUUGCGUGGGUUGUUUGGAAGGGCGCGUACAGACUUCAUGGCCGCUCAACCCCGAUGGUCCCAGCUUGCCACAUGAACGCUCGAAACUGUGUACCAGCACAGGAUUGAACGAGUCGACAUGGCAAACGCCGUCGAUGCCGACAAGAACAAACGCCUGUGGUUUCGUCAUUCCAGUCAUGUCGGACGCAUGUACGUAAGCCGAACACUGCGGCCGGUGUUGGCCGGACCAUGCUGAGAAUCAAUGCACUUCACAUUGUACCAACAAAUUGGCAUGCUAUGGCCAUCAUGGUCGCCGCGACGACUGAAAACGUGGAUGGCCUCUCAUCGCCACCGCCGACAUAAACACGUCCGUUCUAGCUCCACUCGCGGGAGACGUGGCGCUGCUAGGUCAUCAACCGGCUGCGAUCGGAUGUUGCGAAGUCUCUGGCACAUGGGAGAGCUCUUGGCCCAUUCGACUCGACCAGAGGGUCUUGUGCAAUGCGUGGAGCCUCACGCAUCUCAUGAAAGAGAGGAAGGAACUCUCCAAAGUGCCAGCACAAAGGCUGGGCAACCGACAAGCCCUUUAUCAUAUCGCUGUGUCACUUGGAUACGAAUGACUUUGUGUCGAGCGCAGUCCACCGCAUCACUGAACUGCAUGGACGACGUGAAUCGAAAGCUUCGCAGGGGGUGGCGCAUUGGUUGGACACGAUGGCGACCAUCCCAUGCGAGUGGAUUGGGUGCCACCGAGGGAAACAUAUCGCUGGGUCUGUCGGUUUGGUGGUGGAGGAGGCGGCUUCUGGAAUAUUCCAAGGCCGUCGACGGCGUUAGUACUUCAGAGAGCGCACACGGGGAUGGGACGGCCAGGCGAUCAUGCGCAGCGCAGUCUGGUAUCAUACAGUCAGGAGCGGUGGCCAUUGCACAGCGACAGUUGCCUCCUUCGUACAUACUCGUACAGUUCUGGUGGUAUGUUCGUUGGAUUGCCACCAUCCCAUACGUGAUCUUGGGGAGCGGGAACCAGUCGAAGACUGCGCAUCAUGUAUGGUGCCCGGGUGGUUCGAUUCCGAGACAGAGGAUGCCAUAUUGCGGUCCUCUCGCAACAACGCCUGGCCUCUGGCGACAUCAUUGAGUGCCUUGACGUACUGUGCAGAAGUUUCGGGUCCAUCGAUGGACCACCGACGGACGACACGUCCAUUUCCGACACUCCACACACGAGCGAGCGGCAACAAUGGCCUCUGCAAGAAUUGCGGAAGGGCGUCG